AUCGCAGUGGUUUCCAUACCCAUGACGACGUUUUACAAACAAUUAUGGAUGCAAUUGAAAUGAAAAUGGUGGAAGGAGCCCCUUCAAUCAAUUCCAAAUCUAGUAGCGGCGAUUCCUGUGAGGAUUUAGCUACUGGCGGUAACUGUGCCUUCUUCGAUUGCUUUGAGAACCGAUUUCCGUGUGAUCCAUCGGGAUUUGCUCUCUCCUUUGGAAAGGUUUAUUGUGAACAAGAAAACAAAUACAAAAAAUACCUGAAAGCUACAGGUGGCAUAUCUAUACAAAGUGUGCAAGAUUGCGUGAUGAAUGCCAUGUGGAUUGAAUACCAGAAAGACGAGAACACGUGUAAAGGAAUCGAACUCACCAUGAUCGCCGCUUACCGUGACUGCUAUGACCAAUACUUGGAUUGUGAUUUCGUACGAGAUAACCAGUUCCAUUUGACAAACAUGUAUGCCCUACCAAAACUAUCAAGUACAAGGUUACAGGACGUGGCUAAGAGUCUUGUAGUUACGACUUUGUGUGAUAACCACGGCUCUACCCUUUAUUCAGUCAUCGACAACAUAAAAUUCUUGGUAAACUAGAAUAAUAACUUUUUAAUGAAUUGUAGUAUGAUUUCACUUUUUUGAAUCAUUUCCAGCAUAUUCUAGAUGUUAUUUUAAUGUAUUUGUUAAUAAUAUGCGCUUACUAAAGUACACUUACACGUCGUACCAUCGUGACGACACGCUUUGG